AUGGCGUUAGCUAUUAGUUAUAUAAUUGCUGUGUUCCCUUAUUGUUACAUUGUUAGAACAGUUUAUAUCACUAACCAGAUUCGGAUAUCAUCAAGUCAUAAUGCUCAAGUGACAACAGGAAAUCCUAAAAAGAAGUACAAACGUGGAUGUACUCCAAAAGAUCGUAAUAUACGUCCUCAUAAAAGGAGGACGCAUAAUAUGUCAAGUUGGUCUAUACCAGGUGAAAGCUCCACAUCUAACUCAUCUCAAAUCAAUACAAGUGGAAAUACAAGAUCCAGUACUUGCCCAUCUACUUUGACCGUUGCUUCUACCCAAUUUGAUACCAGUUUCGAUUUUGUUGAAAUUGAAAAACAAUUAUAUGUUGAUCUUGGAAACAUGGAUAUGGUUUGUAAACAUUGUGGUGCAACUCUAUGGCUCCUAGAACGAGCUGAAAAGAGCAAAUCUCGAGUUGAUCCUUAUUUCUCUAUCUGUUGUGCGAGAGGCAAAAUAUCCAUACCUUAUUUAAAAGAUGCACCGGAAUUAUUGUUUAAUUUGCUUACAAACAAUGAUCCGAGGAGUCGAAAUUUCCUUGACAACAUUCGAGCGUACAAUAGUAUGUUUGCAUUUACCUCUAUUGGAGGCAAAGUUGUUAGCAACAUUAAUGAUGGUCAUGGCCCUCCUCAAUUCAUUAUUAGUGGGCAAAAUUACCAUCGUAUAGGAAGUCUUCUUCCAAAAGAAGGAGAUGCUCCCAAGUUUGCUCAAUUAUACAUAUAUGACACAAAGAAUGAAGUUGAGAAUAGAUUGAAACAUUUCAGGAGUGGUAAUGGAAAUAGUACCAUUGAUCUUGAAUUGAUUUCCGAGUUGAUUAAAAUGGUUGAUGACUUCAACCGUUUAGCUCAAUUAUUUAGAAAAGUACGUGAUCAUGUUGAACAAGGUUAUGUUGAGAAUGUUGCUUUGAGGUUAUUUAGAAGUUGCUCGCUUGAUCCAAAAACCUACAAUCUUCCAAGUGUUGAUGAGGUUGCCGCCUUAAUAGUGGGUGAUUUUGAUAGCUCUGAUUGUGGGCGUGAUAUUAUUCUUCGCACUAGAGACGGUCAAAUGCAGAGGAUUUAUGAAAACCAUUCUUCAUUCCUUCCACUACAGUAUCCUAUUUUAUUCCCUUAUGGUGAAAAAGGUUUCUCAGAGGAUAUUGAUUUUGCAAAUUCAUUCAAUGUUAAUACAGAUCCUAGGCGUGAUCAUAUCUCUUUGCGUGAAUGGGUAGUUUUUAGACUCUUUGAAAGACAAUUUGAGUGCAAAAGAAUAUUUCUUUCUCGACGAUUGUUUCAACAAUUUGUUGUUGAUUGUUAUUCAAUGGUUGAGUCUCAGAGAUUGUAUUACAUCCGCAACAACCAAUCGACAAUUAGAAGACAUUUUUUGGAAGGAAUUGAGGAAGCCAUGGCCCGUGGUGACACAGAUUCAUCCAAAGUUGGUUCAAGAGUAUAUCUCCCUGCAUCCUUUAAGGGCGGCAAGCGUUACAUGUUCAAUAAUUGUCAGGAUGCUAUGGCUCUGUCUAGAGUAUAUGGGUACCCUGAUUUGUUUCUAACAAUGACAUGUAAUCCUAAAUGGCCAGAAAUUGAACGCCAUGUUCUCGCAUAUGGUUUAAAUCCUUCAGAUCGACCAGAUUUGGCUUGCCGUGUUUUCCAUAUGAAAUUAAAUCAAUUCAUGGUUGAUUGCAAGAAGGGCAUUUUCUUUGGGAAAGUUGUGGCAGGCACGUAUACUAUUGAGUUUCAAAAAAGGGGUUUGCCUCAUGCUCACAUCUUAUUGUGGCUUAGCAUGGAAAAUAAGUUACGUUCUCCUGCUAUGAUUGAUUCUGUUAUAUGUGCUGAGUUGCCGGAUCCUACACAGUACCCUGAAUUGUUUGAAUGUGUAUCAAACUAUAUGGUUCAUGGUCCAUGUGGAUUGAGUAAUAGAGAUUCUCCUUGCAUGAAGAAUGGUCAGUGCUCCAAAUUCUUCCCCAAAAAUUUUGUUUCAAAAACAACAUUUGAUAGUGAUGGUUAUCCCAUAUACCGAAGGAGGGAUACAAAGGUGACCACUCUUAGGAAAGGAGUUCCUCUUGAUAAUAGAUUUGUUGUUCCUUAUAAUCCUAAAUUGUUGAUGAGAUAUCGUGCACAUAUCAACAUUGAGUAUUGCAACAAAUCCAACUCCAUUAAAUAUUUAUUUAAAUACAUUAAUAAGGGAGUGGAUAGGGUCACAAUGUCAAUGUCAGUGCAACAACCAAACAAGGAUAAGUAUGAAGAUGUGGAUGAGAUUAAACAAUAUUAUGAUUGUAGAUACCUUUCUCCAUGUGAAGCUCUAUGGAGAAUAUUUUCAUUUGAAGUCCAUGUCAAGUGGCCACCUGUAAAAAACCUCAUCUACCACUUGCCCAAAAAACAGGUAAUCCUAUUUAAGGAGCAACAAGCUGUCAAGAAUGUGCUUCAGAGAAACAAGCGGAAGAAUAGCAUGUUUACUGCUUGGAUGGAAGCAAAUGGGAAAUAUGCUUAG